AUGGAGCAAAACAAAGAUCCGCAGAUGAUCUCGAAACAUAGUUCUAGGCUACCUAUAUGGGUGCUAAGUCCUCGCGAAGAACAACAGGCUCGCAAGAACUUGAAGACGGAAACAUACAAAAAAUGUGCAAAUUUUGUUCAAGCAAUGGCAGAUUGUGCUAAGGCAAAUGGAAUGAAAGUUUUUCCCACUUGUGAUAAGCAACGAGAUGAAAUGAAAUCGUGCCUCCUGUUUUAUCAAACAGAUGAGAAAUAUUUAGAUGGUGAAAGGGAUAAAAUUGUUUUAGAAAAAAUCAACAAGCUUGAAAAGUUAUGUCAAAAACAAAGCUCUACAAAAUAA